CACACACGCACACCUCCCAAAGCGCAAAUCAAAGACGAUGAAUAUCAUUACGAUGAAGAGAGUACUCGCUAGAAGCUUGACCGACACGUCAACAAUCAGAUCCUCCUCACUUUCGUUCCUUCAUUCCUUGUCUUCCACUUCCACCACCGUCGCCGACGUCGUCGACGCUCCUCCUUCCACCGUUGCAAAGCUCGUCGUCACUCCUUCUUUUCUUCAACCUAGAGUUGUCCUUUACGACGGCGUUUGCCAUCUCUGCCACCGAGGAGUAAAAUGGGUAAUCAGAGCCGACAAGGACAGGAAGAUAAAAUUCUGUUGCGUUCAGUCUAAAGCUGCUGAGCCCUAUUUGAGAGCAUCUGGUCUUGAACGAGAGGAUGUCCUACGUCGCUUUUUAUUCGUUGAAGGACUGGAUGCAUUCUCUCAGGGAUCUACUGCUGCAUUGCGCGUACUGUCAUACCUGCCUUUACCUUACUCUGCUUUGAGCUGUCUGUGGGUGAUUCCAACUCCAAUAAGGGAUGCUGUGUAUGAUUAUAUAGCGAAAAAUCGGUAUGAAUGGUUUGGCAAGGCUGAAGAUUGCUUGGUUUUGCAAGAGAAGGAACUACUUGAGCGUUUCAUAGAUAGGGAUGAAAUGAUGAAUCGAGAUUCCUAGUCUUAACUGCUGCCUCAUAGAUAUCUCACACUAACAUUCUAGCUUCUUUUUUGUUAUCUUACAGUCCUUUUCUUUUCUCUAAAGAAAGGGCCUCCACAAGUAGAGUCCUUCAUCCAAUAUCACUCGCAAUUUCUUUUAGUAUAUUUUUGGAAUACCAUUCUUGAGAAUUAUAUGAAUAGCAGUGCAGAGUGUAGAUUUGUCAUUCA